AUGGAAGGUUCGUCGAGGAGAAACGCCGGGGAAGAAGAAACUCCAAGGAAAGGGGUGGGAGCAACCAUCCAACUAACCCCUGAUGAGUUACAGAAAAUGAUAGAGGAAGCUAGCCGGAAAGCAAUCGUGGAAUAUGAAAGAAGAACUGCGACCCCCUUGGUCAAGGAAACAGCGAGGAGGCAACUGUUCGAGAAUGUGGAGCCGCUCCGAGAGUCGAGAAUACAGGGCGGACAGGAGCAUCGCAGUAAACGACCGGCGUCAUCCGACGCUGGCUCUAGCAGCCAUAGUCGCGCGAAGAGAAGGGAACCAGUAAUCUCGAGGGCGGAGGUAGAAAGUGUGGGAAGGCAGAUAGAGAACCUUAACAGACAGAUAGAUGAACUCAAAAAACGAGGAGAAAUAGUUGCGCACAACAAAAAUUCACCCUUCAGCAACGACAUCCUGGUCCAAGUGGUGGAACCCGGCUUCCUAGUACCCGAUUUGCCAAGGUAUGAUGGAACUAAGGACCCCUACGAACAUGUGGCGGCCUUCGAUAUGGUUAUGAACUUAUACGGACAGCCAGGCCCGAUCAUGGCCAAGUUGUUUGCGACCACAUUGACUGGAAAAGCACAAGAAUGGUUCACCAACUUGCCUCGGGGAAGCAUUGAUUCACAUGAACAAAUGAUCCAAAAAUUCUCUUUUCACUUUGCAAGCCGAAGGAAGCAAAAGAGAUCUGCCACCCACUUAUUCACCAUACGGCAGAGAGAGGACGAGACAUUAAAGAGCUUCGUAGGGAGGUUCAAUAACGAAAUGAUAGAGAUUCAAGAUCUGCGCAUAGAUAUGAUGGUCAGCAUUUUGAUUCAUGGUUUGAAAAAAGGUCCGUUCGCAUCUGCGCUUGCACGCGACCCGCCAGGAGAUGCGGAGCAGCUCAUGGCUCUAGCCCAGAAAUAUAUAGAUGAGGAGGAGAUGAAUGCAAUGAAGGACUACGAGCGGAAGGAGCGUGAGCAGAUGUACAGGAAACCGAACGAGGCAAGAGAGGUCGGGGGAAGUAGGCAGAAGCAGGAAAAGCAAAGGGAGCCCAAAUACAUUCCCAAAUAUCACAACUACACUCCACUGCCAAUGUCGCGGGAAAAGGCGCUGAUGAUGGUCGAGAAUGCGGAUAGCGGGCAGGGAAGAGCCCAGGAGAAGCAGGUCGAGAAGCCAUCGAAGUCGAUGCACGCCCAGACCACCCCAAACAACGCGCCAACUAAAGGAGUAAUUUACACGAUUGCAGGGGGAUCUAGCUCGAAUAGCUCGAACAGGGAUAGGAAGAGAUGCGCCAGAACUUCGAACUCAAGCAGAGGAAAAGAGUUCGUGCUGAAAGUGGAAGAAGAGGAGGCCAUUUCCUUUAGCAGCUCUGAUAAACCCGAGGAGACGGGGGAGAUGAACGACCCAAUCGUCAUCAGGCUCGACAUAGCUAAUUUCACAGUUCACAAGGUCUUAGUGGACAGCGGGAGUUCCGCAGAUAUCAUCUUCAAAAGUGUGAUUGACAAAAUGGGCCUGGAAAAUCUUCGGUUGGAGCCGGUCAAAACACCGCUAGUCGGUUUUGGCGGAAGUGAAGUGACGUCCUUAGGAAUGAUCGAGUUGCCAGUAUCCAUAGGGGACGAACCCAGACGGAGGACCACAAUGAUAAAAUUUUUGGUGGUAGAUACCCCAUUUGCGUACAAUGUGAUAUUGGGCAGGCCAGGACUGAACUCGAUCAGGGCAGUCAUCUCCACCUACCAUAUGAAGGUGAAGUUCCCAACGGAUCGCGGGGUAGGAGAGGUAGCGUGCGACCGGAAAGAGGCGCGGAAAUGCUACAAUCUAUCACUGAAGGGAGAACCCGAGGCGAAGAAGAGAAGAGUGAAAGAAGACGCUGAACCUCGGCCCUACGAGCCGGAGCACCUAAAGCCCACUGAGGAGUACAAAGUCGUCCAGCUCACUCCUGAUGAGCCGGACAGAACCACCAGGAUAGGAGCGAGCAUGAAGGAGAGGGAAAUGGCCAUGAUUGAAUUCCUGAAAGAGAACAUGGACGUGUUCGCGUGGGGUCCGUCUGAUUUCACAGGAAUCGACCCUGGGGUGAUCGUGCAUAGGUUAAACACAGACCCAGCAAUGCGACCCGUGCGACAAAAGAAGAGGUCCUUCGGGAGCGACAAAAAUGAAAUCAUCCGAAAAGAAGUGGACAAGCUGCUCAAUGCCGGGUAUGUAGAGGAGAUUCAGUACACCGAUUGGCUAUCUAACGUGGUACUUGUCCCCAAAUCCGCAGGGAAAUGGCGAAUGUGUGUGGACUUCACGGAUCUGAACAAGGCGUGUCCCAAGGAUCCCUACCCGUUGCCCCGGAUCGAUGUCAUGGUGGAUUCCACCGCAGGUUACGAGAUGUUCUCGAUGAUGGAUGCGUACCAGGGGUAUCACCAGAUCCACAUGGCGGAGGAGGACAAGGACAAGACUUCGUUCAUCACGGAAAAAGGAAUCUUUUGUUACAAUAUGAUGCCGUUUGGUUUAAAGAAUGCAGGAGCCACAUACCAGCGCCUGGUUAACAAGAUGUUCGGAGACCUGCUCGGAAAAACGAUGGAGGUGUACGUGGAUGACAUGCUCGUAAAAAGCAAGAGGUCGCAGGAUCACCUCACCGAUCUCGCCCAGGCGUUCGCUAUCAUGAGAUCAUACGGGAUGAAACUCAACCCGGACAAAUGCACGUUUGAAGUAGGUGGAGGUAAGUUUUUAGGAUAUAUGGUUAGCGAACGGGGAAUCGAAGCUAACCCGGAGAAAAUUCGAGCCAUCAUGGAUCUGCGUUCUCCAGCCACGAUCAAAGACGUCCAGAAGUUGACAGGGAAAAUCACCUCCCUCGGAAGGUUUAUCUCGCGAUCAGCUGACAAAAGUCUCCCUUUUUUCAGGAUUCUGAGAAAACCCAAGAACUUCGAAUGGAACGAGGAGUGUGAGAAGGCCUUGCACGAGCUGAAGAAGUACCUGACGACCCCUCCCUUGUUAGCGAACCCGAAGGAACACGAAGAACUGUUCCUCUACCUGGGCGUAUCGGAACAUGCAGUCAGCUCGGUGUUGGUGAGAGAAGAAGGAGGUCAACAGAACCCCAUCUACUACGUAAGCAAAAUGCUCCAAGGGGCCGAAUUGAGAUAUACGGAGAUGGAGAAGUUGGCACUCGCGCUCGUGGUCACCGCUCGAAAGCUACGACCAUACUUCCAAUCGCAUAAGGUGAUCGUGCUAACGAACUACCCCUUGAAGCACAUAAUGUCGCGACCCGAAGCGUCAGGUCGAUUGAUCAAGUGGACGGUAGAGUUGGGGCAACAUGACAUAGAAUAUCGACCUAGGACGGCCCAAAAAGCGCAAGUACUAGCAGAUUUUGUGACAGAGCUAGCAGGUGAACCCGAUCUACCCAGAAUGGUCGAGGAGCAAACCUCCAAAUGGAUGCUACACGUAGAUGGAGCCUCGAACGCCAACAGUGGAGGGGCCGGAGUAUGGAUACAGGGGCCGAAGGGAGUCGAGAUCGAAGCAGCCAUUCGCCUGGCCUUCCCCGUGACCAACAAUGAAGCCGAGUACGAGGCGCUCGUACUGGGACUAGAGCUCGCCUUCCAGGCGGGCGCCCAAGAUUUGGAGGUGUUCACGGACUCUCAGUUAAUCGCUCUGCAGAUCGAAGGGACGUAUGAGACGAGAGAGAAAACCAUGACAGCUUACAAGGAAAUCGCUCAGCAAUGGAUGAAAAAAUUUGACAGAUGUUCGGUUUUGCAGGUCCCAAGAGCAGAAAAUGACAAGGCAGACGCCUUAUCCAAGUUCGGGGCCGCCAUGGAUGGGAUUGGAGAUCGCAAUAUCACGGCUCUGGUUCGAGCACGACCAAGUAUCACAGGCGGAAGGGAGGUUCAGACGGUCGUAGAACCUGAAUCAUGGAAGGACGAAAUUGCCAAAUAUCUUAAAGACGGCACCCUGCCUCUUGACCCCAUUGCCGCUAAGAGAGUCAAAUUCAGAGCCACCCGAUUCACUAUGUUGUCAGGACAGCUCUAUAAGCGAACGGUGGAUGGACCUCUCCUGAAGUGCUUAGAUGAGGAGAGAGCUCUAUAUGUUAUGCGAGAAAUUCAUGAAGGGAGCUGUGGUAACCACUCUGGAGCAAGGUCGUUGGCACAGAAAAUAAUACGUCAGGGAUUCUAUUGGCCCACGAUGGCAAAGGACGCCAAAGAGCUAGUGAAGAAGUGUGAAAGUUGUCAAAAAUACGCAUCCCUUAUACACCAACCCGCGACCCCGGUGGAGCCGAUCAAAAUAGCUUGCCCAUUCGACCAAUGGGGGAUCGACAUCGUCGGACCUUUUCCCCCUGCACCAGCCCAGAAAAAAUUCAUCAUCGUGGCGGUAGAGUAUUUCACCAAAUGGGUCGAAGCGGAAGCGGUCGCUAAAAUAUAUGAGAAUGAAGUCAUCAACUUCGUUUGGAAAAAUAUCAUCUGCAGGUUUGGUCUGCCUCGCAUACUAAUUUCUGACAAUGGGACGCAAUUUCAAGGGAAGAAGAUCACGGGAUGGUGCAAGGAGCUCAAGAUCGCACAGCACUUCACGGCAGUUGUGAACCCGCAAGCCAAUGGUCAAACGGAGGUGACCAACCGAACAAUCCUCCAUCAUUUGAAAACACGGCUAGACAGUAAAGGAUCAUGGGCUGAGGAACUACCGGGGGUCUUAUGGGCUUACAGGACAACACCUCGCACCGCAACAGGAGAGACGCCGUUCUGCUUAGUAUAUGGAACGGAGGCUAUCAUUCCAGCAGAGAUCGGGGAAGAAUCUCAGAGAGUAGCAAUGUAUGACCCCGAGGCUAACCAACAGGAACGAAGCUUUGAUCUCACCAUGAUCGAAGAAAGGAGAGAUGGGGCGUACGCAAGGAUUCUGCACCACAAAGGAUUAAUGAUGAGAAGCCAGGGUCGAAGAGUUCGACCGAGACAACUCCAGGUGGGGGACCUCGUGCUUAAAAAAGUCGAAGUUUCAAAACAUGUAGGUAAACUAGAACCCCCAUGGGAAGGGCCGUUCAAGGUGGUGGAAAUCAAAAAGAAAGGGACGUAUAAGUUGCAAGACAUGCAGGGGCGGAGUCUACCACGACCGUGGAACAUCCAGAACUUGAAAAGAUUCUACGCGUAG